AGAACGAACAUGGGGAAUUGGAUUAUUAAUCACGGGUUCACCGCCUUCUUAUUGUUCAUAUGGAUGGGCAUCAACAUAUUUCUGUUCGUCUGGUUCUAUUUCUUUUACGAUCUGGGAGAUCAGUUCAUCUACACAAGACAUCUUUUGGGGUCUGCGCUGGCAUGGGCUCGUGCUCCUGCUGCUGUGCUCAACUUCAACUGCAUGCUCAUUCUGCUGCCAGUCUGCCGCAACCUGCUCUCUCUCAUACGAGGAACUUUCAUGUGCUGUGGGCGAACCAUGAGGAAACAGAUUGACCAUAAUAUCAGUUUCCACAAACUCGCUGCUUACAUGAUCGGUUUAAUGACGGCGGUUCACACAGUUGCACAUUUGCUGAAUGUGGAAUGGUACUAUAACAGCUUCCGAGGGGAAUAUGAUGCUCUGAGCGAUGCCCUGUCUGCUCUGGAGGACGAAGGCAACACCACCUACCUGAAUCCUAUUCGAUCAAACACCACUACUCCCACUCUUUUUGCUUUCACCUCAUUGGCUGGGAUCACGGGGGUGAUCAUCACGCUCUCGCUCAUUCUCAUUAUCACCUCUUCCAUGGAGGUCAUCCGCCGCAGCUACUUUGAGGUCUUCUGGUACACGCACCACCUGUUUGUGGUGUUCUUCAUUGGGCUGGUCAUCCAUGGAGCAGGGCGGAUUGUGCGGAGUCAACAGACCACAGACCCCCCACAUAACACAAGUUUUUGUUUUAGUCGACCUGAGCAAUGGGGCCAAAUUCCUGAGUGCCCGAUACCUCAGUUUGCUGGAGGAUUCCCACAGACUUGGAUGUGGGUGAUUGGGCCAAUGUUCCUCUACUUGUGUGAGCGUUUGCUGCGCUUCAUUCGCUACACACAGAAGGUCGAAUACAGAAAGAUUGUGAUCCGGCCAUCCAAAGUGCUAGAGCUGCAGCUGACGAAGAAAGGCUUCAAGAUGGACGUCGGCCAGUACGUCUUCCUCAACUGCCCGUCCAUCUCGCAGCUGGAGUGGCACCCGUUCACCAUGACCUCGGCACCCGAGGAGGACUUCUUCAGCGUGCACAUCCGCUCCGCUGGGGACUGGACGCAGAAACUCAUCAGCAUGGUGGAGCAGCUGCCCGAGGGAGCUCAGGGGCCAAAAAUGGGAGUGGACGGCCCUUUUGGCACUGCCAGCGAGGACGUGUUUGACUACGAGGUCGCCAUGCUAGUCGGGGCCGGGAUUGGGGUGACCCCUUUCGCCUCCAUCAUGAAAUCCAUCUGGUACAAGUUCAAGGAAUCUAAUCCCAAGCUGCGCACAAGGAAGAUUUACUUCUACUGGCUGUGCAGGGAGACGCACGCUUUCGAAUGGUUCGCCGACCUUCUGCAGGUGCUGGAGUCGGAGAUGGAGGAGAGAGGCAUGGGGGACUUCCUCACUUACAAGCUCUACCUCACAGGCUGGGACAAAAGCCAUGCAACGCACGCAAUGGUUCAUUUUGAUGAGGACACAGAUAUUGUCACUGGACUGAAGCAGAAGACCCACUAUGGCAGGCCAAAUUGGGACAAAGAAUUUGAGCAAAUUCGCAAAGAGAACCCCACUUCCACGGUCGGCAGUUUUCUCUGCGGCCCUGCAGUCUUGGCCAAGACUCUGGAGAAGAAAUGUGUCAAGUACUCAGACGUAGACCCCCGGAAAACAAGGUUUUACUUCAACAAGGAGAACUUCUGAGCGACAAUGUGCUGGAAAGAUGGACAAUGUUGUUGUUUCUUGAUGAGCCUGCAGUUCAACCUGCUAUUGCCUGAUUCUUUAAGGAUUUUUUUUUGGGG